UAGUUGCAAUAAGAUAACUGCAUUUCGGGAAAUAUAGGCUGCGGUAGAAGAAUUUAAAAACUACACUUCCCAUGAUCCAGUCUCGUAGUAGCGCGAGGCUACUUUAUUUUUGAACGACUUCCUGAAGUGGAGGAGCUCGGUCAUGAGGGGCAGGGUUAUGCGGCUCCUUUGGGCUGUUCCGAGCGGGGUUUUGGCGGCGUCGGGCUUCAGGUUGCACACUCCGGUCAUUUUGGGGAACUGCAGCUCGGCACACGUGUGUUUCAGACGGAGCUGCAGCGACGCCAUGGCCGAGGAGGCGAAGAAACGUGCCGGUUACGCGGCUGUAGAUAACCAUGUUCAGGACAACCACGUCGUUGGAGUGGGUAGCGGCUCCACCAUUGUUUAUGCGGUCGACAGACUGGCGGAGAGGGUCCGGCAGGAGAAGCUGAAGAUCGUGUGUGUCCCCACGUCCUUUCAGGCACGUCAGCUGAUUCUAAAGCAUGGACUCCCCUUGUCUGACCUGGAUCGACACCCAGAGUUGGACGUGGCGAUCGAUGGCGCAGAUGAAGUAGACUCUUCACUCACUCUCAUCAAGGGAGGCGGUGGCUGUUUGGCUCAAGAGAAAAUUGUGGCGGAUUGUGCCAGACACUUCAUUGUCAUUGCUGACUACAGGAAGGACUCAAAGUGUUUAGGACAGCAGUGGAAAAAGGGCGUGCCCAUUGAGGUCAUCCCCAUGGCCUAUGUCCCAGUUUCCAGGGCAAUCACUCGCCGCUUUGGCGGGGAGGUCGUGCUGCGGAUGGGUGUCAACAAAGCCGGUCCUGUGGUGACUGACAACAGCAACUUCAUCUUGGACUGGAAGUUUGAGAGUGCGUGCGACUGGAAGGAGGUUAAUAUGGCCAUCAAGAUGAUUCCAGGUGUGGUGGAGACGGGGCUCUUCGUCGGCAUGGCAGAGCGGGUCUACUUCGGGAUGCAGGAUGGCACCGUGACCUUUCGAGACCCUCCGCUUCAUUGAGGAGCUGAAUAGGCCACGCCCACACUUGGCAUCGCAAGGCCGAUUGGCUGAUGCAGGCUACGACUGUAUCUGACUCUUGGAUAGACAGAUGGUCUGUCUGGGGAAGGGGGUGGGGCAGACCCAGAGCCCAUGAGCUUCCCGCAGGUGACUCCUGUGCUGCCGUCUGACUUUCUCAUGAUCCCUCCUGUUCUAGUGAGCCACACGCCGUCCUGACCUUUGUCCCCCUAGUGAAUGGCGCCGUACUCUGGGCGGCUGUCUUUCCAUAACGGAACCAGCAUGCUUAGUACUUCUGAACAUGGCCGACCAUAACAAGAACAAACUUUUUAUGUCCUCCGUUUGUUCAGACAUCUUUGGCAAAAUUAACAGUUUAUUCCCCUCUGUAAGCAGACGGAGUCAAGUGACUGAUAUUUUUUUCUAUUUGUAAAAUGGCAAGCUGAUUUUAAUUCCAGCUUUCCAUAUGUAUGUUUUAUGAUGCCAGCAUAUUACAGUCUCAGGCUGUUUAUACUUUAUCACCAAAGUCUCUGAAGCCAAACAUCUUUUAAGUUGUUUUAAUUUUGAAUAAUUUAAAGGCCAGUACCGAAAUAUAUUCAUCUGAUCGCACUGCUUGGAAAAACUUACCUUUUAAGGCCCAAUUGAAGUGUAAUGCAUCACUUCUAUUCCCUUUACAGUAACUGUGAUAUUAUCUACAUUUGAUUUUGUCACACGGGUCAAUGGGCCACUUUAAAGUGUCAACCUGCUAAGUCACAGUGUUCUGUGAGGUUUAUGGUUUUGUCAUGCAGCUGAAUGCUGUGUGUUUCGUAUUGCCUUUGCUAAAAAUACUGAAAUUCCUGCUGGACUAUCAGUAUCUUAACAUAGGAACUGUGAGUCAGUCAUUCAGCUCAUCAUAUAGCUGUAAGUUGGAGUGCAGCAGCGCCAAAACAGACCUUGAUAUGCUGAAGUUUUUCUUGCCUUAGUUUAAUACCUUGUUCACCCGAUAAGUUACUUCCCUCAACAGCGACGACCUCUAAAUUACACACAGUGUAACUAAGCAUUUCACUUUAACGUUUUUUUCCCCUUUUUCUUUCCUUACGUGGUCACCUUUCGUGCCUCUUUUUUUCCCACUUAAUUUGUCCGGUUAAAAUGUCAUUGUUGGACCGAAAUACCAAGCAGGCCUUAAUGUGGGCAUUUUUAAAUUUAAUUUUUUUAAUCUGAAAAUCUGGACGUACUUCUAACAUGUCUGAUUAAUUUUGAAAGUUGUCUUUGGUUUUUCAUUAAAGAUUUAGUUUUUUGCA